AUGGCCACUGACACUACCCAAUCACAGGAACACAUAACCUGUGACCUUUGUGUCAAACCUGUCCAGCAAUUCUGUAACAGCUGCCAAGUCGGUCUGUGUGAAGACUGCAUCAACAAACAUGUCAAGAGCCUAAAGUCCAUGAAGCAUGACAUUGUUCCUUUCACAAAGCGUACAGUACAGCUUGUGUUCCCUCAGUGUACACCUCAUUCCCACCAGAGAUGUGAGGUCUACUGUCAACAGUGUGAUGUCCCAGUCUGCAUCAAAUGUCUCACUGGGCAACAUCAAGGUCAUGACAAAGUGGACAUGGCAGAUAUCAUAGCUACAAAGAGAGAAAAAAUUAAAAGAGAAACAGAAGAAAUUGUGGCCAUUAUUUCAAAAAACACAGAGCAGGACAAAGGCAACGAAAACAAAAUUUCCUAA